CUAAUAUUCCAAAAUCAAACACUGGACUUGUAUCUGUUUUCGUGGAAAAUUCCAACUUAUUUAUCGAAGGAAAGUAUACUGUUAGUCUAAUAAAAGAACGAAAAAUAGGAAGUAAUCUGGUGAUUGUUGGCUCUCGUCCAUCUUGGAAUGAUUCACUAUGGGAUAGGGUUCGAAAUCAAGAUUUUGAUGUGAUCAUUUAUGAUCGUAUUGCAAAUAAAGAAAAGAAAGUCAAUAUGGAACUUGAACUUUCUAUAGUGGAUGUCAUUUAUUUGAAGGAUCCUGGUAUAGUUCUUAUAAUUGCCGGCGAUAGUGAUUAUACUCCUGCGAUAAAUUGGGCCCGAGAUAAUAAUUGGAAGAUUGAAGGAUAUCCGGAUCCAUCAGGAAGAAGUUGUACCCUUGAAAUAACUGAUGGUGAAACACUCGCAAAAUGA